CCCGUCCCUCAGCCUCCCACUUCCGCUUCCGGAGCGGGUCGCGCGCGAGCGCAGCGGUGGGAGGCGGCGGCGAGCCGGUGAGUGCGGGCAGCGGGUGACCUGGUGCCCUCGGGCGGACGUCAGCCCAGCUUCGCCCUUGCCUCGGCUUCUCCGCGGUCUACUGUGAGACUCCGGUCGGCCCGGGCCCCGAGGGCCGCCCGCCCCGCACCCCUUCGGCCUGCCGUGGCUCAGGCCGCGCCCUACCUCCGCCGUCGGCCAGAACUCGCCGCGUCGGACCCUGCCGCUUGCCACAGGUCCCGCCCCCUUGUCAGAAAAACUUAGAGGGAUCCCUCAGGCCCAGACCAGGUUGAGGCCCCAGCCUUGGCCUCACCACAAUGUGGCACGAGGCUCGGAAACAUGAGCGGAAACUUCGAGGCAUGAUGGUCGACUACAAAAAGAGGGCAGAACGGCGCAGGGAGUACUAUGAAAAGAUCAAGAAGGACCCGGCCCAGUUCCUGCAGGUGCAUGGUCGAGCUUGCAAGGUGCACCUGGAUUCUGCAGUUGCCCUGGCCGCGGAGAGCCCCGUUAACAUGAUGCCCUGGCAGGGGGACACUAACAACAUGAUUGACCGCUUUGACGUCCGCGCUCACCUGGACCACAUCCCCGACUACACGCCCCCGCUGCUCACCACCAUCUCCCCAGAACAGGAGUCGGACGAGCGGAAAUGUAACUACGAGCGCUACCGAGGCCUGGUGCAGAACGACUUUGCUGGCAUCUCCGAGGAGCAGUGCCUGUACCAGAUCUACAUCGACGAGCUGUACGGAGGCCUCCAGAGACCCAGUGAGGAUGAGAAGAAGAAGCUGGCAGAGAAGAAGGCAUCCAUCGGCUACACCUACGAGGACAGCACAGUGGCCGAGGUGGAGAAGGUGACAGAGAAGCCGGAGGAGGAGGAGUCCCCGGCUGAGGAGGAGAGCAACUCGGAUGAAGAUGAGGUCAUCCCCGACAUCGACGUGGAGGUAGAUGUGGACGAACUGAACCAGGAACAGGUGGCAGAUCUCAACAAACAGGCCACGACCUAUGGCAUGGCCGAUGGAGACUUCGUCAGGAUGCUCCGGAAAGACAAGGAGGAGGCGGAGGCCAUCAAACAUGCCAAGGCCCUUGAGGAGGAGAAGGCCAUGUACUCGGGCCGUCGCUCCCGGCGCCAGAGGAGGGAGUUCCGGGAGAAGCGGCUGAGGGGCCGCAAGAUCAGCCCCCCCAGCUAUGCCCGCCGAGACAGCCCCACCUAUGACCCCUAUAAGCGGUCGCCCUCGGAGUCCAGCUCCGAAUCCCGCUCCCGUUCCCGCUCCCCGACCCCCGGCCGGGAGGAGAAGAUCACGUUCAUCACCAGUUUCGGGGGCAGCGAUGAGGAGGCGGCUGCAGCCGCAGCUGCAGCAGCUGCAUCAGGGGCUGCCACAGGGAAGCCCCCAGCGCCUCCCCAGCCUGGCGGCCCCGCACCGGGACGUAAUGCCAGUGCCCGCCGCCGCUCCUCCACCUCCUCCUCCUCCUCCUCCGCCUCGAGGACUUCCAGCUCCCGCUCCCGCUCCAGCUCCAGCUCCCGCUCCCGCCGAGGCGGGGGCUACUACCGCUCCGGCCGCCACGCCCGCUCCCGGUCCCGCUCCUGGUCGCGUUCCCGGUCCCGCUCCCGGCGCUAUUCUCGCUCACGCAGCCGUGGCCGGCGGCACUCAGGUGGGGGCUCACGAGACGGACACCGCUACUCCCGCUCGCCAGCCCGGCGUGGCGGUUAUGGACCCCGGCGCAGAAGCAGGAGCCGCUCCCGCUCCGGGGACCGGUACCGGCGGGGCGGCCGGGGCCCCCGGCACCAUAGCAGCAGCCGCAGCAGCUGGUCCCUCAGCCCAUCCCGAAGCCGCAGCCUGACUCGCAGCCGCAGCCCCAGCCUGAGCCGCAGCCGCAGCCUGAGCCGCAGCCGUAGCCGCAGCCGCAGCCAGAGUCACUCGCCGUCACCGCCGAGGGAGAAGCUGAGCAGGCCGGCAGCGUCCCCCGCUGUGGGCGAGAAGCUGAAAAAGGCAGUGCUGAGGCCACGUGUGAUUGGAGGUGGCAGCUGCUUUUUCUUCCUCCCAGGACCGAACCUGCCGCUGGUAAAGAGACAGGAGCUGCCAAAGUCACCCAAGCUGACGCCGCAGGAGAAGCUUAAGCUGAGGAUGCAGAAGGCACUCAACAGGCAAUUCAAAGCAGAUAAGAAGGCAGCGCAGGAGAAGAUGAUCCAGCAGGAGCAUGAGCGCCAGGAGCGGGAAGACGAGCUGCGUGCCAUGGCCCGCAAGAUCCGCAUGAAGGAACGGGAGCGCCGAGAGAAGGAGAGAGAGGAAUGGGAACGCCAGUACAGCCGGCAGAGCCGCUCGCCCUCCCCCCGCUACAGUCGAGAAUACAGCUCUUCUCGAAGACGGUCAAGGUCCAGAUCCCGAAGCCCCCACUACCGACAUUAGGCAGAAGUGUGGGCGGGCAGAGAUGAGGUGGGGGGACAAGGGCUCAAGCUGUGAUGCUGCUGGUUUUAUCUCUAAUAAAGUCACACGUUAUUUAA